AUGUCGUCGUCGUCACAAGAUGGAGGAGGAGGGUCUGGAUCCACUAUCACCAUCCCUGCCAAUCCAGCCACCAACUCAUCAUCAUCAUCACUUAUGAGUAUGAUGAUGUCUGGCGCAGCAAGGGAUAAACAAAACAAUACAUCACCAUCCAAAGCGGAUAGUGGUGCCAGUCCAUUCAUUUCAAUCGGUGCCUGGUCCACUCCAUUUAACAACAACAACAACAACACCAUGACAUCAUCAGCUGAUGAUGGUUCUGCCUCACCAAUUAAAAGAUCGUCUCCUAUUACCGUUAGAAAAGAGACUGCUCCCAUGUUGACUCCUAAACGCAACGCUAAUGCUGGCUCUACCCUUGCUCCACCACCACCCAAAUCGGGAGGAAAAGGAAAACCAAAAGGAAAAGCCGGUCAUUGGAAAAUGGAUCAACCAGCCAAACUCAACCAAGCCCAAAUGCAAAAGGGGUUUAGUAUCGAGACUAACCUCAAUCAUACCUUUGAUGAAGUGUCUGAACCCAUUCUAACACACCACUGUUCCUCACCACUCAAGAGUCCCCUUCAUCACGAAGAGGAGAUUAGUGACUUUUACGAGACUAUUAGUUCAGCUGAAGAGUUGUCUGAUGGUAUCUCUAGUGGUGACGAGUCAACUAGUAUCCCCAAAGUACCCAGUAAUGAAGAUUUGGUUGCUCUCAGUUCCUCACAUCCCUCAGUUCAAGUCAUCAAUCUUUCCACCACCAUCAAUCUCAACUCUUUUACCGUCACCCAUCUAGUUGGAAAAGGUGGCUUUGGUAAAGUACACCAAGUCAUUAAAAAUGAUUCCAAAAAAGUUUAUGCUUUAAAAACUCUUAAAAAGAAUCAUAUUAUUAAAAAGAAUAGUGUACAAAAUACAAUUUCUGAAAAAGAUAUAUUAAAAAGAAUUAAACAUCCAUUUAUUGUUAAACUUCAUUAUGCAUUCCAAGAUGCACAGAAACUUUAUUUGGUAAUGGAUUUUGUAAAUGGUGGACAAUUAUUCUAUCACUUGAAAAAGGAGUUGAUGUUUAAGGAGAGUCAGGCCAGAUUCUAUUUGGCCGAAUUGAUUCUUGGAUUGGAGCAUCUUCACGAGUUGGGUAUCUGUCACCGUGACCUCAAGCCCGAGAAUAUCCUGCUCGAUUCCGAGGGACACAUUGUCUUGACCGAUUUUGGUUUGGCCAAGGAAGAGAUUGGUGAAGAUGAACUGACACCUUGCAAGUCGUUUUGUGGAACGUUGGAAUACAUGGCACCUGAAAUAAUCACUCGCAACGGCUAUGGAAAAGCAGUUGAUAUUUGGAGUGUUGGUAUUCUAAUGUACGACAUGUUGGUCGGUCAUCCACCCUUUACCAACAAGAACAAUGCCACCCUUCAAGACAUGAUCCUCAAGGAGAAACCAAAGAUUCCAAAAUUUGUUUCUCCACACGGUCAAAACUUGAUUGCCAAUCUCUUGCAAAAGGAUCCUAAAAAGAGACUGACCAUUCAGAAGAUCAAGAAGCACGGAUUCUUCAAGGGACUCGAAUGGCACAAGCUUGAGAGACGUGAGAUUGCUCCACCAUUUAUCCCAACCGUCGCCGACGCCCACGAUAUCACCAACUUUGACAUCACCGAUCUUCAAAGCAGAGUAUCACUCUCUACCUCGCCCGUAUUAUCAUCUUCCCAACAAGCUUAUUUUGAUGGAUUCAGUUUUGUUCGUAGUCCAAACUUUGGUUCAUUGUCCAUCGCAAAAUGUCACAAAAUUAAUAAUAAUAAUACCAACAAUGUACCUACUGUUAUUGAUAAUACCAUGACAACACCAACUCUACCAACAUCAUCUCCAUCAACAAUAAUUCCAAUUGUUCUCUAA